AUGUUCAACGAUGGUUAAGAGAUCUUGGAAAAGCGCUACAAGGUCAUCAAGAGACUUGGCGGUGGUGCUUUCGGAGAAAUCUAUAAGGUUGAAAAGAGAAAGACCGGAGAGUUCUUAGCAGCUAAAGUGGUAGGUUAUAAUUAUCAGAUUGAGUUGAUUGAUAUUCAUAACAAUAAUUUGAUAGGAAAAAGCAGUGAAGCACCAACGACACAUCAUGCUCUAUUGGGAGAGUAAGCUGAUCCACAAGCUGAGAGGAAAGAGUAAGUGUUUUUGUUCUGUGCCCUAAUAAGACGAUUAAACUCACUUAUAGCCUGCGUCCCCAAUCUCCAUUUUGUCGGCGAUGAAAAAACUGAUGAAAGCAGGACUUAUCACGUGAUGGUUAUGGACCUACUUGGCAAGAGUCUUGAGGACCUCUUCCAAGAGUGCAGACGCAAAUUCGACCUCAAAACUGUGCUAUAGAUUGCUAUCCAAAUGAUUCAACGUAUUCAAAAAGUUCAUGAAGAGAGAAUAAUUCACAGAGAUAUCAAACCAGAUAACUUCUUGAUCGGUGGAAAUGAGAACAACAAAAAUAAUAUCUUCAUUAUUGAUUUUGGUCUCGCUAAGUGCUAUAAGAACUCCGAUGGAGAGCAUAUUCCCUUUAGAGAGGGCAAGAAUCUUACUGGAACUGCUCGUUAUGCCAGUAUCAACACACACAUUGGUUAUGAGCAGUCUAGAAGAGAUGAUCUUGAGACAAUCGGUCAUGUACUACUCUACUUCUUAAGAGGCAGUUUACCUUGGUAAGGACUUCCAGGUAGAUCUAAGAACGAGAAGUAUAAUAACAUCAAAAAGAAGAAGCUUGAAGUGACUGUUGAUGAACUAUGCAAGGGCUACCCUGAGGAGUUCAAGGAAUUCAUGAACUAUUGCAGAAAACUCUAGUUCACUGAGGAUCCAAACUACAAGUACAUUUUAGAUCUGUUUGAAGGAUGCAUGAAGAAAAAUGGUUGGGACCCUAAAGUCCCAGACUUUAUCUGGAACAAGAACAGACUUGUAAUGGAAAAGGAAGCCCUCAAGCAAAACCUCAUGAAAGUCAUUAACAAGCCAAUGAAGAGACAAGAUCACGAGGAAGCUGGUGAAGAACAAAAGAAGGAAACCCCUGCUCCUAGAAAGAUUGACAAAAACUCCAUAGCUGUAAACCAAGCUAAUUAAAUUUUGAACUAGAGAAAAGAUGGUGAGCCAUCAGGUACGGGAGCUCAAAAGAGAGGAACAGAGGUCAAGGCAACAGCUAUUGCAGGCUCUGGUAUCGUAGCUGGGACAAAAAUGUAAAACUAUGGGGAUCUUUAGAACUAACAGGCUCAGCAAUAUGAAAACAAUCCUACGAACAACAGAAAAUCAGCCUAGCAAAUGUUUAAGCAGUGA